AUGGGCAUCUCCCGGAAGCGUAACCUCCUGCUGCAUCCUGAUUGGCUGGUCAUUUGGGGACUUCUGGCUGGGGCUGUGCUCAUGCUGGGCAUGUGUGUCACUCUGCUGGCCCUGUUUCGGGAGUACGGUUGGCCGCAGAAGGUGCUGAUCCCCGUGCGCUACAGGGCUCUGCAGCUCAGGUACAACCUGGAUGACUACUCCUCCAAGGGCUCCAGCCUGGCAGCCGUGAAGAAGGUUCACCGUAACAUGCGAGCCUCAGAGUCAGAAGGCACGGCCCAGACAGUGUCACUGAUGACCCACGAGUUCUGGGACUACGAGCAGCAGGUGGACCUGGAGGCCUUCAGCAGCACCAUGUUCUUCGAGGUCCUGCUGAAGCACAGCGUGUCAGUCACGGCUCGCCUGGGCCAACUGAGGAUCGAGGUGAGGGAGCUGUACCAGGUGGUGGCUGGCUGGUUCAGGGCUCUGCGUGGUCUGGGCGGACGGGCCACUGGGACGGUCCCCCCAGGGUAUGAGGAGCUGCGCAGGCAUGUGGAGAAGGAGCAAGGCCAUAGGAGGGCCCUGGCUGCGCAGCUGGGACGUCUGCUAGACAGCCAGCUGCGCAUGCUGCAGAUGGAGAUUAUAGCUCGGAGCCAGGCUCAGCAGGACUUCGGGGCGCGGCUCAGGGAGGCCCUGCGACUCCUGGAGCAGCUCCCCAAGCACGGCGAGCAGCCCUGGGACCAACAAUUCCAGCCUGCCCAGGACCGGCUGAUCACCCUUGCCAGUCAGAUGAUUGACCUGGCAUCCAGGGAGUGCCAGAGACAGGGUGCGUGGGCCAUCCUGGGCGAGGGCACAGGGGCUCAACUGCUCUGCCCCACCCGUGGCAUGAUCCUCACCAAGGAGGAGAUCAUUGCUGCAGAUGGGGUCAUUGUUGCCAUGGAGGCCGUUUCCGUGGACCCCUGCACCGGCCUGCUGGUUCCAAAGCCCAACGCCCUCAUGCGUUUACCCAGCGGCCACACCAUGCCCGUGCCCUUGGACUUCUUUCUUCACCCUGACACGGGUCGGCUGCUGCCCAUGGCAGGCAAUGUAGCCUACAACCCAGCCAGCUCCACCCUCAUGAUCGCAGCAGACACCCGUGCAGCUGAGCCGGCCCGGUGGGACGCCCCUCUGCUGCCCUUUGUGCCGUACCCCCUGUCCCGCCACGGGCCCAUCACCUGCCAGCUUCAGGGUCUCCGCCCGGGACAACGGAUGGUUCUGGGGGGACCCAUGUGCGACCCAAAAACUGGGGUCCUGGUUCCAAUCCUGGCUGUGGGGGCUCCGAUGCAGGAGUCCGAAGGUGGGAGCAUAGCUCUGGUGAUGGGCGUCAGUCUCAAUCCUCUCACAGGUGAUGUAGUCCCAGUGGGAGGGGUGCUCCUGGGGGAGUCCUUUGUGGAGCCCUUGAGUGGACGGGAGGCACGGGUCAGGGGGGUUGGCCUCCGGGGGGGGAAGCUGGUGCCCCACGCUGGCGGUUACCAGGCCUUGCUGGAUUCACAGGCGCUGGCAGCCCGCAUGAGGGUGGCGGAGCUGCUACAGGUGGCCGUCAGAUCCAGUGGGCGGGGCCUCAGAGGCGGGGUCAGAGCGGCGGGGGCAGAAAUGGAGCGGGCCUGGAGGAGCAGCCAACAUUGCCUGCUGCAGAUGGUGUGUCGCCUGGAGAUCAUGCAGGACUGGGCCGGGUGGCUGGCUCAGGAUGCAGGAGUUCAAGCGAUCUGCGGCUGCCUGCCCUACCCGGCCUAG